AUGUCUCCUGCAAAAUCCACCGUCAUGACCGUCGUUGACAAAGUGCAAACACAACUGGAUGAAAGAAACAGUACACAACAAAUCUUGGUCGGAAUUCAAUGCGUAUUCCGGACUUUGGAACCUUGGGCCAACGCAGAUACCCCUCACCCAAAGGCAAAAUCAGCAUUGAACCUCGUCAAAGGAGAGGUCAUCAGCUUUUCGCGUUCCCUAGAACACUCGUCAGAGGUGGCACAGUUGUGCUAUAAUUGCGCAGAUAACGGAAUAAUGAUACUAGAAGGCCUAAUGGAUGAAGAUAUCACUCUCGACGAGAUUCGGCAAGAGACUGAGCGAACUGUUCAAGACGUUACCGAGGCGAAAUCGAAACUAUCCGGCGUGGUAGACUCUCUUCGGAAUAACCGGACUGCACGACGGUCUCUAGAGGUGGCGACGGCGGACAUUGAGGGCGAAAAAGCGGCGCAGAGAUUGAUUGAGGGCCAGUCAAAGAAGAAGGUCCAAAAAAUUACCACCGCGUUGAAAGCUGCACAAGUCAUCUCAACCGUGAUAUUGGUCGCUGCUGCGCCCGUCUGUCCACCAUUGCUCAUUGUCAUACCCAUCGUUCUUCCCCUCUUGGAACUCGCGAGUCAUGGUCUAAUCUCACACGAGGAAAGGAAGGCUGACAUGCGUGAUAUGCAGCUUGUAAACUGCACAGAGGCCGUCAAGCAUAUGCAAGAGGCGCUUCACACACUUGAACGCCUAGAAAGAAGUCUUGAUUCAUUGACUUCGUGGUGGGGGGAGGUGGACAUGGUCUUCAGGUCGAUUCAUGACAACCUAGAGGCUAUACGAAAAGAGGUUAACCGCAUACGCAUUCGGAGGCUGGUCAAAUCGUUCACCGAGAUUAAGGCGGAGUUCUUACAUUAUAAUAUCGGGAUUCUCAAUAUCCAAGACUACUAUUCCCGCGACCUAAGGUAA